UUUUUGUUGUAAAUAGAAGUCAGCAAAUAACUAAUAAAUUAGUAGUUUAUAUAUUUGUUUAUGGACUCUAUUUAAUACCGAAACCACCUCCAUCGACAUCGAGAAAAUCGAAAGAAGGAAAUGGCCGGAGCUGCAUCUUCUUCUUCUUCUUCACUUAUUUCAACAGGCUUCCUUCUCUGUCAUUUCCCUCAGUUCCCGAAGAAGAAAGCAACAACACUCGCUCUAUCCUCCAAAUCCCACAACAAUAAAAUAUUCCUGCACAAUCACAAGCAACUUAAAUUAGCUAUAAACACCACCACCACCACCACCAAAUUAUUGAGGGAUUCUUUUCUUGUAGUGUGUACAUCAGUGGCGUUAUCAUUUUCUCUGUUGAUUGCGGAUGUAGACUCUUCUGCUUUGGCUUUCGUUAUCACCACUACCACUCCUCGUAAAUUGCAGUCCGAUGAACUCGCUACUGUUCGGCUCUUUCAAGAAAACACUCCUUCCGUUGUAUACAUCACCAAUCUUGCUGUCAGACAAGAUGCAUUUACGUUGGACGUGCUGGAGGUGCCUCAAGGAUCAGGUUCUGGGUUCGUGUGGGACAAAGAUGGCCACGUUGUCACUAAUUAUCACGUCAUUCGUGGUGCUUCUGAUCUCAAGGUCACUCUUGCUGAUCAAUCAACUUAUGAUGCAAAAGUUGUUGGCUUUGAUCAAGAUAAGGAUGUUGCUGUAUUGCGAGUUGACGCUCCCAGAGAUAAGCUACGACCCAUUCCUGUUGGUGUCUCCGCUGAUUUGCUUGUUGGUCAGAAAGUGUUUGCUAUUGGCAACCCUUUUGGACUUGACCAUACUCUUACAACCGGUGUCAUCAGUGGGCUUCGUAGAGAAAUCAGUUCAGCUGCUACUGGCCGUCCAAUUCAGGAUGUAAUACAGACAGAUGCUGCUAUUAAUCCUGGUAAUAGUGGCGGGCCACUUCUUGAUAGUUCAGGGAGCCUUAUUGGAAUAAAUACAGCCAUAUAUUCUCCAUCUGGUGCAUCCUCUGGCGUUGGAUUUUCAAUUCCAGUUGACACUGUAAGUGGCAUUGUUGAUCAGUUGGUAAGGUUCGGAAAAGUAACAAGACCCAUUUUGGGUAUUAAGUUUGCACCUGAUCAAUCUGUGGAGCAGUUGGGGGUAAGUGGAGUGCUUGUCUUAGAUGCUCCUACAAAUGGUCCAGCUGGAAAAGCGGGUUUGCAACCAACCAAACGUGAUGCUUAUGGCAGACUUAUUUUGGGUGAUAUCAUAACUUCUGUGAACGGAAAAAAGGUUACAAAUGGCAGUGACUUGUACAGAAUACUUGACCAAUGUAAAGUGGGUGAGCAGGUGACAGUGGAGGUGUUGCGUGGUGAUCACAAGGAGAAGAUUCCUGUAAUACUGGAACCAAAGGCUGACGAGUCUUAAUGUGUUAAAGGUCUGGCCUGUAUAUUUGAUGCAGUACAUGCAUGGGGGAAUGCAGUAAAAGGCUGACGAUUAUUUUGUGUAUUAAUUGUUUCACAAGAAAGGUUGUCGCUGUAUUCCUUGUAAGUAUUAGAAAGGAUGCAGCCUCACAAACUCUCUUCAUCAGGGUGCUUAAUAUCAUUCUUGUCAGAAGAGGAAAUGUACGUCACGCCAAGCAGUUCAUGUUUAGUGAAAUAACAAUUUGAUCUCUAGAUGUCUCACACUUCCUGACUAUUCUUACUGCUUCAUGGCAUCUCUCAUUUAUUGUCA